CGUCUGUGAUUCUGUGAUUCUUCUCGAUUGUCAUGGUGUAUUGAGGGUUGAUUUUGUUUUUGUUACAAUAAUUUCAAUAUUUUCCAGUAGAAAAAGCCCUGCGAAUAGCAAACACGAUGAACAGACUAAUAAUUAAUAAUUGUCGUUGCAUCAGGAGAUCGACAAUACUUUGGGACAGCAGACAGUUUCAAAACUUUCCAUACAUAACACUUUCAAGGUCGUUGUCAUAUUAUACAACCCAGCCUAUCGGACUACAUCAUGAUGUCACACAGAAGCCGUUUAACACAAGAGUGCACUGGCACCCUCAGUUCAUCAGACCAUUUUCUAUCAGCAGAUAUUACUUUGAUAAAGAACCUCUGAAACCAUCCUCUAAAGUUGAAGCCUCUGUUGAAACUAUAAAGAAAGGCAUAGAGGAAAAAGAAAAGUCUCCAAAAAAACCUGAAAUACAGAAGAAAAGCCUUAAAGAGCGCUUUAUGAAUGAGCUACGGCAUUACUACCAUGGUUUCAGACUUCUUUUUAUUGAAGUGAGGAUCUCAGCAACCUUGUUCUUUAAAAUUUUAAAAGGUGAAACAUUGACUCGAAGGGAGCACAGACUGCUGGUCACAACCAUUGGUGAUCUAUUCAGAAUGGUUCCAUUUAUUGUAUUUGUAUUGGUUCCAUUUUUGGAAUUUGCACUGCCCUUUUAUAUCAAAUUAUUCCCAAAUGCAUUACCAUCAACAUUUGAAAGUAGUGAUCAGAAAGAAGCAAAAUUAAAGAAACAUUUAAAGGUUAAGUUGGAAAUAGCCAAGUUCUUCCAAGAAACAUUAGAUCAGAUGGCUCCACAAGCUAGCAAUAGGCAUUCAGAGCUUGCCCGAGAGUUCUCCAGUUUCUUCACUAGGAUCAGAACAUCAGGUGAUGUUGCAACCAGUGAGGAGAUUAUGAAGUUUUCUAAAUUAUUUGAAGAUGAGAUCACAUUAGAUUCCUUACAGAGACCUCAUUUAGUUGCUUUAUGUAAAGUUUUGAAUGCAACUACUAUUGGUACCAGUGCCAUGUUAAGGUUUAAUCUUAAGAUGAAGCUGAGAUCAUUGGCUGCUGAUGACAAGGUGAUUGCUAAAGAGGGUGUAGAUAGUUUGAACUUCAGUGAGUUACAACAGGCAUGUAGAGCGAGAGGAAUGAGAGCCUAUGGUGUGUCUGAGGAACGAUUAAGAAAGGAGCUGAGGAAUUGGCUUGACUUAUCAUUGAAUGAGAAGGUGCCUCCAUCGUUAUUGCUGUUGUCAAGAGCGCUGAUGGUUCCCGAACAUGUACCAACUACAUACAAGUUGAAGGCAACUAUUUCUGCCUUGCCAGAACAAGUCGCCACACAGACAAAGGCUGCUAUUGGAGAGAAGGAAGGAAAAUUGGACUUCAAGACUAAAGCAGAUGCCAUUAAACUGGAAGAACAGAAGAUCAAGGAAGAAAUGAAGGAGUUGCAAGAAGCAGAAAGAGAGAAACAGAUCCUUGAAGCUAAGAAGAGAGAAAAAGAAGAACUCAAAGACAAAGCACCUAUCAUUGACUUGGAGAGUGCACCUAUGGUCGAUCCUGCGCCCGUCAUCAUUGUCGACGCUCCUAAACCGAAAUCUGAAGAAGGUCUCUCUGGCAAAGACAUUGAAGUUAUUGAGGACGCUUUAGAGAAAUUAGCCGAACAGAAGAAGUCGCUGCUCCUGGAGAAGGAGAGCAUCCAGGAGCUGAAGGCGGAACUCCUCGACUACAGUGAAGAUGUCAAAGAGAUGCAGGAGAUUGUCAAGACUAAGCAAGCUGAUCUCAAACUCUCGAAGGGUGCUCGCAGAUUAUACAAGGCUGUCAACAACAUGAUAGGAAAACUGGACGCAGCUUUAGCCAUGUUAGACACCAAGGAGAAAGCCCUCAAAACUACACUGGAGCAAACCAAAUCCGAACCACAAAAGGCUAAGGAACAACUUAUCCAAAUUGAUGAACUCAUGCAUUCCAUUAAGAGCCUACAAAAAGUACCUGAUGAGGCCAAACUGAAGUUAAUUCAGGAUGUACUCGGAAGGCUGGAUGAUGAUUUCGAUGGGCAGUUGAAGAUUGAUGAUGUUUUGAAGAUGCUAGAAAUCAUAGGCAACGAAAACGUGAACCUCUCUGAGAAGCAGAUGGCCGAGCUGAUCGAGUUGCUCGACAAGGAGGAGAUCCUGGAAGUCGAGAGCAAGAUACAGAAGGCACUCGAUAAGGCUGCCAUCGCGGCCAAGGAGCAGGACAAGCCUAGCGACUCCGAAGGGAAGAGUUUAUUCGACAUUAUUCGAGAAGCUCAGAAGAGGCGGGAACUGAAGAGAGCGGCUGCGGCACAGGCCUUAGCCAAGAGCGAAACUAUCGUCACCAAACCCGAAGAGACCAGUAAACGGCCCGAAAGCCACUGAGUAAUGUAAUUUUACUUAGUCAAGGUGUAAAUACUAUACUAGUGGAUAUUUCAUACUCAUGUUUACGCCUUCCUGCUGGUUUAGGUGACGGUAAAUUAGCAAAGAUGGCGUUCGGCGUUUGUAUUUAAUUGAAAUAAGACUUAUUCGGGCACGUGUAACGCAACGCAACUUUUUGUGACGUCAUUCUGUAUACGAUAAGCUGUCACGGUCUGAUUGCUGAGCAGUUGCACUGUCAGAAUGUCUUAUGUACCCGCAUAUAGCAUAGCUGUUGUACUAGAGUAACGACAUACAUAUUUAUGUAGAAGAACUAAAUAUUAACGUUAACGUUUAAUUUUAUGAAUGUGUUACCCUAAUGACAAUAAGCAUUUUGUAACAUGUAAUCAAUCACACAUGGAUAUGUAAAUAACGUUUUACUUAUUUUAUAUAUUAUAUUAUUAUAUAAUUAAUUACCCACACUUUCUACGCCGUACAAAGUUGUUCGAUUGUUGUCAUGUUUUAUUUAUUCCUGAUUUUUUGUUGCAAAUAUGUAUUGUAUUACGUUGAUGCAUUUCUGUGAUCGCUAUUCAGUUUAAGUUUUAGUUUAUUUUAGUGUUUAUCAAAAAUAUGUUGCGCACAAAUUGUGGAGCGAUACACUUUUACUUCUUUCAAUUGUGAAUUGGAAUGAACGGAUAUUAUAUUACUAAUACUGCUAAAUACUUUCCUAGAUACCUGACUACUUAUAACAUUGGAUGUAUAUAUUAUGUAUAAUAUAAACUGUAAAUGCCAAGUGUUGUUCAGAACAGUUGCCAUGUAAAAGUUUCGUUAUUUUAACUCGACCGGCAAAAUAUUCAUUUAUUGUUAAAAGUGUAUAAUCUGAAUACAUUCUGAAAUCACUUAUAUAACCUCUGUUUUAUCAAAUCUUCCACUGUUUAUGACGCUACGUGUUACAGUUAAAAUUCUUUCCUUAGUUAUUUAAUUUUCGUGGGGCAUUGUUAUAAAAUUCCCAUUUACUGCCCUGCCGUCAGUAUUGGUAACAUUGUUUUCCAACGAGUCAGUGCUAACAGGUACAUCGAUUUACUGUUAUUUGAUGUACUGAAAAAUAAAGUUUUAAAGAGUAAGAGAAUAAAGAGAUCGAUGAAA